AUGUCUUCAAGAUCAAAAUCAUCGCAACAAACUCAAAAUUCAUCAUAUUUCACAUCGCAAGAGACAACCCGAUCCAUCAUUGUCUCAAAAGUUUCGUUAGCUUUAGAUGAAGAUGCUAUUGCUCGAAGUUUGGCAUCUGAUAAUCUAAGUAUUGAGAAAGUUUCUAGACGUUUUGAUCCAGAUCGACAACCGAUUGCUGUGAUUCGAGUCGAUUUCAAAUCCGACAACGAAGCUAUGCAGUUUAUUAAUCAAUGUUAUAUAUUCAUCGAUGGUGUAAAAUAUCCCGCUCGUGGAUAUUGGCCACUUAUUUGUCGUCGAUGUCAAAACGAGGGGCAUUUUGCUUCUCAAUGUCCCAAAGAAGCGUUGACAGAAGAACGGCUUAUUGAGUUAUUUACAAUACAACAACAGCAACUCGAAAGCAUGAUGAAUAGCUUUGAAGCACAAUGGAAUGCACGUUUAUCAGACUUGAAAACUUCGUCGGCAAACAGUAACAUGGAAAAACUAGUACCAAUUUUUAAAGAUCUCAAUACUGUUUGUCAACAAUUUUUUCAACAGAAUGGACAAAUGCAACAACAACUUGGUUCGAUGGUCAGUCGAGUACAAGCACAAUGGAAUGCACGUUUAUCAGACUUGAAAACUUCGUCGGCAAACAGUAACAUGGAAAAACUAGUACCAAUUUUUAAAGAUCUCAAUACUGUUUGUCAACAAUUUUUUCAACAGAAUGGACAAAUGCAACAACAACUUGGUUCGAUGGUCAGUCGAGUACAAGGUGUACAAACUAAGUCAAGUAAUCAAUAA